UGUCACAAAUCAAGGGUUGACGUUUCGUAAAAGUUUAUGGUGAUUUCUUCAGGGGUUUGGUGGAAGUUUUUGUUGAAAUUUGAUGUGAAAAUAAAGUUUGAUUGAGUAAAAAGUAGUGCCAAACGUUCCACAACGUCGAAUGAAAGUGUGGAAACAGACGCAAAACCGUUUUGAUCCAUCAUCGAGAAAAGCAAAAGCGUAGGAAAAAAGUGCAACAGAGUUGGAGAAAAUUGUGAAAAUCGUGCAUUUUCCAAUACAGCAGAGGAGAUGGCCGGUCACGACACAAACGACGAGCGGCCCCGCACUGCCGACGUCGAAUUCGAUCCGUCGCUUCAGUUCUCGAAGAUGUUCCUCUCGGAAGCGGUGCUGCGGGGACUGACGCGAAACAACUUCACCCACCCGUCGCCCAUCCAGGCACGUGCCAUCCCGCUCGCCAAGCUGGGACUAGAUUUGUUGGUUCAGGCAAAAUCCGGCACCGGCAAAACGCUGGUGUUUGGUGUAUUGAUUACGGAGAGCCACAAUCCCGACGUUAUGUUUCCGCAGUCGCUGACGGUGGUUCCGACGCGGGAGAUUGCCGUGCAGAUCGAGGAUGUGCUGAACCGGAUCGGUUAUUCGGUUCCGAACUUCCGGGCGAAGAGUUUCAUCGGCGGGUUGGAAAUCAGUCAGGAUCGGAAGAAUUUGCAGAAUUGCUCGGCCGUGGUCGGAACUCCGGGGAGGAUUAAUCACUUGAUCAAGAGCAAUGUGCUGAACACAAGUCAGGUCAAAAUACUGGUGCUGGAUGAGGCGGAUUCUUUGAUUUCCGGAUCGCUCAAACCGGAAGUGGAUCAGAUUGUCAAAAUGUUGCCAACCAAGCGGCAAACGGUGGUCUGCAGUGCGACUUAUUACAACAACAGAGAUCGCGAGCUGUUGAAGUACUUGAAUGAUAAAUUCAUCGGAGUAACGCCGAAAAAGGAGGUUCCGGUGUUGCAUGGCAUACGGCAGUUUGUCCAGGAACUGCCUGAAGUGAAGGACAACAUAAAGGAAAUGAUGGCUAAAAUUGCCGAGCUUAACCGCAUAUUGAAGAAGGUGCCCUACGGGCAGUGCCUGGUGUUUGCCAAUACCCAGACAAAGGCAGACACCUAUUGUAGCUACCUGGGUCGUGCCGGGUGGCCUACGCAGGUCAUCCGGGGAGGCCAAGAGCAGCGUGUUCGAUUGAAGACAGUGGAAAAUCUGAAGGAAUUCCGUUGCCGCGUACUGACAGCGACGGAUGUCAUUUCCCGCGGAAUUGACGCCGAGAAUGUGAAUCUGGUAAUCAACGUGGACGUUCCAAGAGACAAUUCUGUCUAUUUGCAUCGGAUUGGUCGUGCAGGGCGAUUCGGGACCCAGGCCAUCGCCAUCACACUGGUUUCCUCGAGCAAGGAGAUGGAGCGCUUCCGGAAGAUCCUACAGGACAUUGGUGGAAACGAUAUGUUUGUGUAUCGCCUUCCGGAGGAGAAGCUGGAGGAAAUUUGGAACUUUGAAGAAUACGGGGACAAAUAUGCGAAACUGUAUGCCUCUAAGUUGGAACAGGAAAUUCGCGAUCAGGGAGCGGAUCGAUCAUUCUUAGAAACCAUCGAGGAAGUGGAUUCCAAAACGGAACUCGGAGUAAAAUCGCGCGAAUCGGUUUUGAACGACAGUCUCGAAGAUCCGGUCCGGAAGGUUAACUCCGCUGUGGAAGUGGAUUCGAUCGAGGAAUUGUCCAAGGAUAAUCCACAAGCGGAAGUAACGGAUAAUGAAGAAGAACAGGAGGAAGUGGUAGAGAGGAUUAUUCCACUUGAUGUCCCUGAAGGUGACGUAGAUUACGCCAAAGACGUCGACGACAUGUUCCUUGCGGCCAUAGGAAAGGUCGACGCCGAAGAUGAGCAGAGCGCUAACCAAUUAGAGCUGGCCUCUGAAAAUAAGCUUCAAUUCGGAGAUAACGAACUACAAAAGGUGCUGGAGACCGCAGAAAAUGGGGAAUCCAGUUCCAAUGCCGAUGACAUGAUCCUAGCCGCUAUGAAGAAGCUGGAGUUGGAGGAAUCCAUUACCCAGUCCAGCGAAUCGCAACUUUCCGACGAAAGUAUUCUGUCCAGGGUGGACCAGAAGUUCCUGGAUGCCAUGAAGCAAGUGGAACUGGACAAGGAUCUGGAAAAUGGCAACGUCCCUGAAGAGGAUGCUCAAAACACCCAGGAAAACAAAGAUUCCCUUGAUAAAAUGUUUCUGGAAGCGAUGGAUAAACUGGACGUCGACGAUGCCACACCUGACCAGCAUCCUCUUUCCAACGGAGAAAACGUCGAUGAACUCUUUCUCGCUGCCAUGGAGAAAGUCGACCGCGAGCCGCCAGAAUCCUCGGAAACGUCCGAUAAACAAUCCUCCUCGGAAACAUCGGAACUUAGCUGUUCCACUCCGGAAUCUUGCUACACCAGUGACAGUUCCUUCAGCUCCAACGCCACCAAAAAGGUGGAAGUGGGAUCUAAUUUCACCACCCCGAAUUCCCGGGUGCAGGAGAUUCGAGGCGCCUUGCCAGACCAUCAGGUCAGCUCAUCCAGCUCCAACAACUCCUCAGAAAUCGAUCACAAUUCCGAUCCCGGAAUUCCCACCCAACAGAACUGUCUCCACUUGGAAGUGAACAACGAUGCCCUCUUUGCCAAAAUUAUGGAACAAAAAGAGCUGGAAGCUGGCCAACUACAGCGCCCGUUCCAGUUCUCCAUCGACGGGUGCAGCCUAGAAGUGCACGAUGACCCGGUCAGCGAUAGGGACAUCAACUCCCGCAAAGGAUCCGUACCGGAUGUGGUCCCAAGUGGUAUCACUCUGGAUCCCUCCCGGCUCCAACACCAACCCUCCGUAGAAGAGGAAGAAGAAGAAGCUGCCACCUUCGAUCUGAACUCCAAUACCUGCGGUUCCAACCAUGGAUCCGUAUUCGAACCGGAGGAAGCCGUCAUUCCUCAAGACAAUCGCCCGAAGCGAAUCCGGUUCCAGCAGCAAGACGACAUCAACUCUCUGGAACUUCACUCCAACUCCGUCGGAGUAAUCCCCGGUGGCGCUAGCCAGCAGGGCGAUCAACCAGAAGUUGACCCCCUGGCACUUCCACCCAUCCUGGACACCGUUUCCGCCACGGAAGAAGCAGACGAUGCCAGCUCCUACUCGUCCCAAUACGACAGCGAAUCUUCUAAUUCCUCCUUUUUCGAUCAGCGGGUCUGGGAAUCGGAAACGCAGAACCUCCCCGAUGAGGCACAACCCGAACAGCCACAACCGGAAGCCGCCGAGCCGCCUCGAAAACGCAAAGUUUCCAAACGAUCGAAGAACGCUACCAACCGGUACCAUCGGUCGCACGCCAACUGGACCACCCAGUACUGGAACCAGAUGACGAUGAUCCGGGACUAUGUGCGGUUUGCGGUCUACGCCCGGCACCGCCAGAACCCUUGCGGUAACUGAGCGCGCACUUUUUUUUCUCCGCAUUUGCUCUUGCUGACUACUGUUUUACGAACCGUAACACGCGUGCGCACGUAGCCGAGUGGUUUUUGAUCUUCUUCGAAAUGUGAUGUUAUUACUAUUCUACCCUCUUAUUAUCAGUUUAGUUUUCAGUUGCUUUUUGAGUUUUUUUUUUCGUUGGCCAUGAAGGCUUUCUGUGAAUUAGAGAGAAAGAGACAGGUACAUUUAAAUACAAGUUAAAUUAUAAUACCCAAAA